UGUGGGAUAGUGGGGUGGCGGCAGCAGCAGGAGGACCCGGAGGGAUACGCGCUGGCCCUUUAAGGGGGGGACGGAGCGCAUGCGCGGCGCGGGCCGAAGUCGAGCCUAGUGGGCGGCGGGAGGCGCGGGGGACCCGGCCGGCGGCAGCGGUGGCUUCUGCUUCGCCGAGCCGGGACGCCGCCAUCGGACGGUGGGCUGCACCUUCAUAGGCUGCUGCUCCCUGGGGAUCGGUGCACCGACAUCCUCCAGGGCUUUGUCACUCUCCGCCGCGGGCGGAGCCUACGGACCUGCCCUCGCACCCUGCGCGCCCAGCCCGGCUCAGCCUGGCCGUGGGAACCCCAGUGCAGCAUCCUCCGACCGCUCAUGCUGCAGCUGGUGGCUAGUGGCGAGGCUGCCGCUCAGCGACCUCAGCCUGGUCCCCCGCGAGUCGCCUGAGCCGCUCCCCACGAUGGCUGAGCCUGGGGCCCCGCGUCCCUCUUUGGCUCAGCUGGGACCGAGCUGCACCAGGUGCCCCCGGUAUCCCCGCUGAUCCGCUCCAGGCCGGGGAUCGCAGGGCCCGAGCUCCCCGAGCCGUCGCUUCCCCGCCUCGCACUUCCCCUCCGCCCUCUUUGCUGCUGUUCCCCGGGGCUAGGGGCUAGGGGAUCUAGACAAAGCCCCACUUUGUGCGGGAGGCGGGCGUGGAAUGUGUACGGCGGCGCGCGCCCCCUCCCCGCCCCGCCAGCUGAGAGUCUUGGCUCCCGGAAGGGUCGCGACAGAGAAGUCGCCCCCGGCGCUGCGUCCCCGCCCCUGCAUCCUCGAUCCCUGGGGUCCAGAUUGGGAGCUCACGCGGGCCCCCUCUGCUCGCGCCAGUGUGAGUGUGCAAGGAUUCCAUAGAGGAAUUUCUUCUCUCCAAAACGGGGAGUGGGCACCGGUGCCUUGGGCCUCCUUUUCAGCAUUGCCGCAAGAGCUGUCUGGCCUCAGUCUCCCCACACCCGGAACCCCACUUUUCUCCUCUCAGCCAUCCUAAAUCGCUGAGGGUCAUUGUUCUUGCUGCCAAAUGGGGGUGCUUUGUACAGGCUGCCAAGUUGGGGUGUGUUCUCUUCAUCCCGUUUUUCAAACAAAACAGUGCUGCUAAGGCGGACCCUGGGCGACCCACCUGACCAUCACUCCAGGCUGAUGCGCUGAUUUUUUCUUACCAAAUAGUAUUUUAUUGUAUAGGAGCCACGCCCUGGUUUCUUAAAGGCGCCCUGCACUGUUUGGCCAUGUGUUAUCUUUAUAGCGGAUAUGUGGGAAGCCUCCUGUGAGGCACUUAGUUUUCCCGCCUCCUGAUAUAUCCUCCCACCCCCAUCGAGGAUUUAGGGAUGCCAGGGGGAAAGAAGGUGGUCCCGAGUGGCAGCAGCGGUGCCUCCCCGAAUGCAGCCGCUGCUGCUGCUGCUGCUGCCGUCUCCCACUCUGGCAUUAAACGUUUGGAGACCAGCGAAGGGGCCUCAGCACAGAGAGACGAGGAACCAGAGGAGGAAGGGGAAGAGGACCUACGGGAUGGAGGUGUCCCUUUCUUCGUCAACCGAGGUGGACUGCCAGUGGACGAAGCCACCUGGGAAAGGAUGUGGAAGCAUGUGGCCAAGAUCCACCCGGAUGGAGAGAAGGUGGCCCUGCGGAUCCGUGGGGCCACGGACCUUCCCAAGAUUCCCAUACCAAGUGUGCCUACUUUCCAGCCGACGACGCCCAUCCCCGAGCGCCUGGAAGCCGUGCAGCGCUACAUCAGGGAGCUGCAGUACAAUCACACAGGGACACAGUUCUUUGAAAUUAAGAAGAGCAGACCUCUGACAGGGCUGAUGGACCUGGCCAAGGAAAUGACCAAAGAGGCUCUGCCAAUCAAAUGCCUGGAAGCUGUGAUCCUGGGAAUUUACCUCACCAACAGCAUGCCCACCCUGGAACGUUUCCCCAUCAGCUUCAAGACCUAUUUCUCAGGGAACUACUUCCGCCACAUUGUGCUGGGAGUGAACUUUGGGGGCCGCUACGGAGCCCUGGGCAUGAGCCGCAGGGAGGACCUGAUGUAUAAGCCUCCAGCCUUCCGCACACUCAGUGAGCUCGUGCUGGACUAUGAGGCGGCCUAUGGCCGCUGCUGGCACGUGCUGAAGAAGGUAAAGCUGGGCCAGUGCGUAUCCCACGACCCCCACAGCGUGGAACAGAUUGAGUGGAAGCACUCGGUGCUGGACGUGGAGAGGCUGGGUCGGGAAGACUUCCGCAAGGAGCUGGAGCGUCACGCCCGAGAUAUGCGUCUCAAGAUUGGCAAGGGGACAGGCCCUCCCUCUCCCACCAAGGACCGGAAGAAGGAUGUUUCCUCCCCGCAGAGAGCCCAGUCCAGCCCACACCGCCGGAACAGCCGCAGUGAGAGACGGCCAUCAGGGGAGAAGAAGCCUGCAGAGCCCAAAGCCAUGCCAGACCUCAAUGGGUACCAGAUCCGUGUGUGAGACCGCUGCCAGCACCCCCAGGCCUCCUCUGCUUCUGGAGGCCCUGACCUACCUGCACGAAAGAAUCUACUCCUUCAGGCAGGGGCUGGUGAUGGGGUAGGCUAGGGGUGGGAGGCAGGAAGGAUGCCUUGCAGAUCAGCCCCAGGUAACUUCCCCUCCCGUGGAGCCAAGCCCCUAACCUUGGGCCAAGAAGCAGUUAGUAUUUCCUUUGGAGUUUUAACCCUCCAACUGAAGUUUAAGGUAUUUGGAGGGAAAGACACGCGGAUAUCCUGGUAGCUGGCAAGGCUUGCUCUCUCUGAGCACUCCGUGGCUUGGGGAGGAGGGGUUGCUGGCUCUGUGGUGCUCCAGUCAGCAGUGAUGAGGUUGGCGAGCCUCGCCAGUCUGUGGGGUGAGGGUGGGGUGGGGUCGGGAUGGAGAAUCAUGACCCAGGGAAAGGGAAGCAGGGUAGGGGUCCCCCUGAGAAAGGUCCAUGUAGCCCUCAAAUCAGGAACGUGGUGGAGGCACAUCUGCUUAAGGUGGGAGCCUGUGACCCAGGAGAGCCCUCGAGUCAGUGUGACUCUUUAGACAGCGCUGUGCCCCUCCCAACACAUACACAGGCACAUACACACACACACUCACCAUAGCCAUUAGGCUAUAGGCGAACUCGGAGAGGACUGUUCAGGGAAGAGUCCCUGGCCCCCAGCACACUAGACUGGUUCAGUCUAGUCUUGACUAUUGCUGCAGCCAGGGGACUCCUUGCAGCAGGGCUGGACUUUGUGGAGAGCCCAGAACUGCACUGAGGAUACCAUGACCUUGAGAAACUGCCCGGAGAUGGGUAGCUGAGUGGGGCCCUAAGUUGUGUGAGUGCGCUCUUCUCUCCGGGUCUAAUCAUCUCAGCCCUUGCUGGGAAACAAGACUAGACCAGGAAGGACACCCAAGGCCCAUUUAGGCUUGGGGUAGCGGCCAACUUGAGCUGAUCCAGGGGGCACUGGAAGAGAAGAGGCCAGGCAGGCAGCAGCAGGAGUUGUCUCUUUCCCGGCCCUCAGGCAAGAGAUCCCGGAUAGGAAAGUGAGGAGUGGAGAGGGGCUGUCAGGGCUGGGGGAGGAGAGACAGCCCAGGAGUUGGGAGUGUAGGUGAGACAGUGGGAGCCAGGGCAGGAUGGGGCCGUGUGGGGACUGCGGUCCCUGCAGCGCAGACGGUACUGGUCAGGUUGCUGGGGGCUUUAAGUGACAGGAUAGCGGGAUGAGGUGACCAUGAAUGGGCUUUCCUGAGAAGCAGAGUCGGUCAGAGCCGCUGCCAUGUGGCUGCAGAGAGUAGAGGGCUUGGAUAAGUGCGACAGAACUCAAAUGCUUGCAGGGCCAGCAGGAAGAGUGCUGGGCGGGACUGUGUCCAGGAAAGAGCACACCCCAUUAAAGUGGGCUGUGUGUUCUACUGUUCCCACAGGGCAGGCCCUACGAGGUAGUUUGGAGGGGGGGUUGCUUUGGUUUUUUGGUUUUUUGGUCAAGGCUCUGAAUUUUAGAAAAUGAAUUGUAAUUUUAAAAGUUAACAAUCAGUUCAAGAAAUGAUCGCUAUAGGUGAGAAUAGAGCCUCUCGGGUAGAGAGCUUGGGCUGCCUGUGGGGGACUCCUGUGGCGCUGCGAGUGGAAAAGUGACGGUUUUAAGUUUCCCAGGGGCAGAAAGGGCCCGCUUCCUGUGUCAUCCCCUUACCCCACCCUACAGAGACCACGCUGUGGUUGCUGGCUCACCAGAGGGGGUACAAUGGGAUGGAAUGGUGAAGCUCUUGCCUGCCCGGAAAUGGAUGGUGGCUGGAAGUAAAGAGGGGGAGGGGGAGGAAGAGGAGGAGGAGGAGGAAGUGGAGGAGGAGGAAGAGGAGGAGGAGGAAGAGGAAGAGAAGGAGGGAUGCCUUUGCUGCUGGCCUAUGUCACACAGACGCUGAGUGCCCAUCACACCAACAGCUCCUAGACCCAGAGCCAGGCCCGUGGGACCCAGCACAGGCGCCAUGGGGUGGGGGUGGGGGGAUGGGACACUGACUGCUUUGUCCCUUGUCUCACCUGGUUCCUCCUGGGGUCCGGGUCCCUGGAAAGUGCAUAGCCUUCCCCUAGGCUAUACCCCUGGCCAGGCCCAUAUCUGGAGCCCCAAAGAGGCAUAACACUAUUUGAUUCACCUCAGAGUUCAGGAAGUAGGGCAGUGGUCCCCAUGUUCCCGUGUCUGCCUUGAGAGGUACAAGGCUGGACAAGAUUUUUUCUGGAUCUGAACGUGGCUGCUUAUCCGUGGCCCUGUAUGUCUCUGGGAACGUCAAGAUGUGACAGAAUAUGAGAGAAAGGGCUGUAAGGGGAUCUGGAGUCAGGUAUGUGGUCCUGGGAAAGAAGGGAGCAGGUGGGUGGGGCACUGACUUGUUCCGGGUGUGCAGGAACAGCUGAUGGCCAAUGUGACCCCCCCCCCCCCCCCCCCCCCCCCCGCCCCGUGCUGUUCACCUCUCCUGAGCUAAGGACCUCCGGCCUGUGGAGACUGUCAUGGGCCACCAUGGUGCUUUUUUAUUUUUUACUCUUUAGUCGUAUGUAGCAAGUCAUCCUCCCCUCUGGGGCCAUUUACACAGGCUGUGCUUUCUGGGGGCCAGCCUGGCUGGAUGGCUUCUGGCAGAGGCAGGGGCAGGGACUUUGGGGCCUUAGUCGCCACCCAUGGCAUCAUUUCAUCUCACUUCCUAUGAGGGACAGGGACCUGGCAGGUGUGACCCCAGACCUCCUGGCUCACGCCUGUCUUUAGCUUCUCGGACCCACCCUUGGGGACUGCUGGCUGAGGCGGGUCAAGGUGAGGGCAGAGGAAGUUCCUUGCGAGAGGUGGCCUGGGACAGAGGUUCCUUGGUGUUGGUCAGAGAACCUUCCUCCCCACCCAGCUACCUGCCAGUCCUUUCCCUCCAAAGCCUCACAUUUCCAUGCUCCCCUGUUCCCUCAUGCCAGCCACCCAUCCUUAGUGGGCAUGGCCAACUGGGCAAGCAGCAGCCCCCUGGCUCCAGACUCGAUGAUGAAGCCUAGAGACUGGGUACUGAGAAGCAGACUCAGAAAACUGACCAUGGCUGAUGUCUAGUCCUUUCUGUCGUAUCAUGCCCCAUCCCCUUCCAGCUGGGAUGACUCCCUGGCUCAAGGGAAUAGGUCUAAUGAUAGCUGUGCAGUGAGUACCCUGAGGUCUGUGUGUAUGUACACCUGGCUUUCCUGCCUGGAAUGAAUUCUGGCUUAGCACAUGCCUGCCCCACCCUGACCUGCUGCCAGUGGUGUUACGAGUGCAAGGAUGUGCAGGUGAAGAACCAAUAAGCCAGAGGUGUAAAAGGCAAGGCUAUUCUAGGAGGAGUGGGUGGGAGCUAAGGGUUAAUCCUGCUGGGUACCACAGCCUCCCACCAGCAUCUCGGGGCAGACGGGGCUGCCACAGUGUUAGCUGCAAGUCCCUUGCUAGGACCCUCUCACUCCAUCCAGCGCAGUGCUUUGGGGUCCCAAGCCUCCUUGUUAAGUCUAAAGAGAAGUCUGGAUAUAGUAGAGCCCUGGGCCCGUGAUGAUGGACCAUCCACCCCCUGUGCUUUGUCCGACUGCUGUGUUGCCCUGGAUGUCAUUAUCCGUCUUUGUAUCAGUAUUACCCCUUCCUUUCGCCACACACUCUGUCUCAUUCCUUUCUCACUUUCUUCCCCGAAAUGAAUAAAGUCUCCCCAGCUCCUCUUGUAUGGGCUGGCAGAAAUCACAUGAAA